AGGGCCAGAGGCAGGAGAUGUACAAGAGAAGGACACCAACAUACGCCGCUAGUGCACACCCAACUCUUUCCGCCACCCCAACCCCUCGGCGCACUUUGAGAACAUUAUUAUUUCCACGUCGGUGCAUGAGCAUCGAACAACCAUCGAGAGAGCAGCGAUACUGCCGCUGACUACGACGGCCCAUUCCCGUGCUCCGCGCUAGCGUGUGCUAGACCAGAUGCCGUGCCUGUCGGGUUGCCUCUUCGAGUCGACGCUGCUACUAUUCCGACGGGAAACAUGCUGUUCCUGAGAGUAGACGAACAGCAAGGCGAAGAGGGAGAAGCCCACCUCGAGGGGCUGCUACGGACAGAUGGCUGCAGCGGAGCGGCGGAGACCUUAAGGGCGUUCUCGAUCUGCGGGACCUUGGUCGAGCCCAUCUCAGGAGUUCCGCAUCUGAUUCGGCGCGACACUAGUGAGGCAGCAGCUGGUGGAGCGACGUGGGACAAGGCUAGCGAGAGCUUGGAGAGGAGAGAGAGGGAAACCCCGACCACCCAGGAACUGGCGAUGGUGGCAACCACUUCGCUGGUUUACCUUCCGGCUAUCCCCUCGUGGCUACCGCUGUGGAGCUUGCUCUCUCCGUCCGACGCCAUCAGCAGCAGCGGAAGUAGUGGCGUUGCGCAUCUUUCCGAGACACGAACGACCGGUGCAGACAAGACUCCGCCACACGAGCCUGCGGCCACCAGCGCCUCCAGCGGAGAUGAACCAAACGUCUCCGUUCUCGGCCCGGCUCUCGACGGACGAGCUGUCGAUGGAAGCGGGGACAGCGUUGGCGGCGGCGGCGGCGGCGGCGGCGGUAGAGGGGCCGUACGGCUCGUGCAAACCGUAGCCACGAACCAGGCGCCGUACCGGUACGCCGUCGUCUUGUACUUCUGGGACGUGGCUGACGCUGCCUCUUUCGUGGAGAGGGUCAACGGGCUCUCCUUGCCGGGCCGCGGCGUGGUGAAAGCUCUGUUUCUGUCGGGAGCGGAGGUUGUCCCAGCUGCAGGGAGUGGUUGUGGUGGUGGCGACGGUGGGGGCGCCGACGGGGCCGAUGCGAUUUCGUUCCGACAACGGCGAAGGCGAUCUCUAAGCGAAGGGGUGGCACCAUCGUCCUCCUCCUCGUCGAGGGUAGAGGACGCGGCAACGCUGCAGGGCAGCGGCAGCGAGGAGUCCAAGUCCAGCUGGUCAGGCCGCGCCGGGCAAGCGGGUCGGUCCAGCUGCAGCCCCACCCGAGAUCGCGACAGUCGCGCCCGAUUUUUGGCCGGCGCGGCCAGCGGGAGUUCCCCGCGAGGGAGGCUGGUGGUGAGGGGGGCGGCAGGGGACGGCGGGGCUCCGGGAGGCGAGGGGCGGGGUACCUACGCCCGUCCAGGACCGGCGUCGGCGUCGCCCCCGCCAACGGCGAGAGAAACGGAGGCCGAAGAGCGCAAGGGCCGCGGCUGCGGGGAGGCGGGAAGUGAUGGAGGGAGCGGCUCGGUUUCGCCCCCGCCGGUUUGGCAGCAGGGGGGAGCAGUAGCUCAUCGCAAUCUCAAUGGCGACGGACGUGAUGGCGGCGGCGGCGGCGGCGGCAGGGGCAGCAGAACCGAGCUCCCGCCAUGUCCCGUCUGUAUUGACCGUCUCGACCCUGCGGUCUCCGGUAUACCGUCGGCGAGGAGCGGCAGCAAGAGCAGCAGCAGUGGCGGGGGGGAGGGGGGUAGCGGCGGCGGCGGCAUUACGGGGGCGAUUCUCGGCAGCUGUCGACACCGAGACUGCAACUCUAGAGGGGGGAAAGGGGGAGAGGCUUCAACGGCAGCAGCUGCCACCGCCGCCGCCGCGGGAUCCUCGCGUGGCCCGAAAAGCGGUGUCAACGAUGAUGAUUCAGCCGGGCAUGACCCUGGCUGCGAGAAGAAGGCAGCCAGCCCAGCGGGACAGGCGUUUGGCGGGGACAAGCACGGGGACAGGGGGCCCCGGUGGGAAGGAGAGAGGACCACGAAGGGGGGGAGGUCGGGGGCGAUGCCGAUGGACGCGCUGCGGCCGGGGGGGGAGGAAGGAUUACGCCGCGAAGGCCGAGAAGGCGCAGUCGGUGGUGGUGGUCCCGCCCUGAACGUGACGAUGUGGAAAGGGUCGAACUGCCGAGUCUGCCGCUCGCUUAACGUGGCGUUGAACGGGGCUCCGGGUGAGCUGUGUUGCGAGACUUGCCGCAUCGCACAUAACCUCUGGAUCUGCAUGGUGUGCGGGCACAUUGGAUGCGGCCGCUACACGGGAGAGCAUGCGAGCCGCCACUUCCAUCUCUCGAGCCAUACCUACAGCCUCGAGCUCAGCACUGGGCGCGUGUGGGACUAUAUCGGUGACUGCUACGCACACCGCGCGCUCCGCGGGCACCUCGCACCCUCUCAUGCCAGGGCGGGGCGGCAAGGGCAAGGGCAAAGGGGGGAUGGGGAGCGCUGGGGGCGAGAUAGCUCCGGAGGCGCUCGGGGCGCGGAAGGGGGCGCCGCGGGUGGCGGAGAAGGGGGUGGGGGGGAGGGGGGGCGGGAUGGAUCCCCUCCGUUGUAUUCUGAGGGGGAAUUUGAUGACCACGGAGACGCCAGCUCUCUCAAGAUGGCGGUGGUGUCGAGGGAGUACGAGGCCCUUGUCGCCAGGCAGCUGCAGGAGCAGCAAAGGUACUUCGAGGAUCUGAUCGCCACUGCAGUGGCUGUCGACGCCGAGGCGAACGCGCCCGUGGAAGAGGUUCUCACGCACGAGGAACGGGCGGAGGUGGGCAAGCUGAGGGAGGCGAUAGACGAGUUGUCCGGCAAGUACGAGGAGAUUCUGGACAGCCUCAGGACUGACGAGGAAACGGCCCGUAGGGUUCGGUCGGAGAACCGCGGCCUGGUCUCGGAGCAGCGCAGCCAGAAGCGGGAGGAGGGCCGCUUGGCCGAGGAGGCGAGGCAGACAAGGCGGCAGUGCGAGCAGCAGAUGUCGGAGCUAGAAGGGCAGAUGCAAGACUUGCUCUUCUUCCUGAAGACACAGGAGAAGGUAAAAUCCAGCCCCCGUCGCCAGGAAAUUGUAGGGGGUUCCGUGGUGAUGGAAGAAGGUUCGGCCGGGGCGGCCGGUGGCGGGAACGGGAGGGGAGGCGCGAAGGAGACGGAACGGGAGAGGCUCGCUCGCAGGCUCAAGGAACGGAGUCACUCGAGGAGGGCAGGGAGCACGGGGGCGAAGCCAAACCGUUGACAUCCAUCAGCACAGUCCGCUACAUGGAGUGCUGCAUGAGAGUCGCCGUAGCCACCAUUGAGAAACAGAUCAUGUAAACUAUCCGGCGGAGGUUGCGUCAGAAUGAGGAGCAAAGGGCGUGCUGAGGGGGCAUUAGAGGUAGCGGCGGUGAAGAGCGGCAGGAUUUGCCGUGGUGACCUUUCGCUGGCUUGCAGUAGAAGUGCUCUGCCCCGGUCCGGAGACUGGUGGCAAUGCGAGGGCCACAGUACCCAUGCAGGAGGGACCCGGAUGUGGGACGAGUAACAUGGAUGGGGUCGGCAAUUUGGUGGCAAAGAGCGUCUAAUUGAUUGCUAUCCUGCAGAGCACAUGUGGAAGUGCAGGUUUCGCUCCGCAUCCCACGCAUGACGGCUUGGAGCCAAAAUGAAUAAGAGCGCGUGGGGCGGGCUGUGAUGCUCGCUUAUUUCGUCAUGUAUGUGUGUGCUUCUAGAAGAGGGGAAGCGGCGUGGAUGUACCCUGCGAAUGCUUCGUCGCCCAGGGUCAGGGGUACACCACCGUACCAAGGGGGAAAACUCUCGAUGGCCUGUUCCUCGUGUUACCAGACGAUGUCUUGCAUUCCAAAAGUAGGCUUUCCAAUCGCCCAUUGAUGUAGUCAACUCUCUCUCCGACAUGCGACAAGAAGCACCUGCGACAGCAGUUACUGUUAACGUGGCUGGUAGAAGAGUUUCGUACGCUACACUGGACGAGAGACAGUCACACAAUGCCCCAAGCGAGUGAACCGGUGUGUGUAUGGCCUGGAGUACUGUACAACAGUUUGGGUGGGGCAAGGCGUCUCGAGGGGGAUAUGCACUUACUUGCUGAGUGGUCGAACAAUUCAUCCUCUUGUGCGAUGCACCCAAGUGUCUACGAGCGAAGAGAGGGGCACACAAGUGUGUCCACGAAGCAAAUAACGAAUUUCCUCUAGAGGGGGAC